AUGCUCACUCCUGAACCUGAUAAUAUUCCAAUCUACAAGAUCGACAUGGCCAAGCCUGCUGGAGAGCGCUACAUUGAGCUCGCCAAGGAUCUUGCUCCCCAGAUAAGAAGAGUGAGCCCCCUCCUUGAUGAGGUGAUUGAAGCGAUCUUUGCUCCGGGCGCCUUGUCUAGCUUUGCCAAGUUCACAUCUCGGGCCACCCUUCGCAAGGUCUUUGACCCUGAGCAGACCAAGGAGAUCAAAUCCAUUGCUAAGGUUGCAGGCAUCCCCACUCAUCGGCUCAUGGCCCUCAAUACCUUCCUUGACCUGAUGCUUGGUUGCACUUCUGGAGCUGCCUUGGUCAGGGGUGACUCCAAGAACCACGCUGGUGACAGAGGUCCUGACCGUCUGCUGCAUUUUCGCACUCUUGAGUGGGGCAUGGAUGUCCUACGUGAUAUCCUGGUCAUUAUUGAGUAUGUCAAUACAAGCAAUGGCUCGAAUGAGGUGAUUGCCAGAUCGGUCACCUAUGCUGGCUUUGUCGGCAUGUUGACUGGUGUCCGAAAGGGCCUAUCGGUCUCUCUCAACUUUCGCCCAGGUCAUGAGUGUGGUUAUGGCUGCCUUAUUAAGCACCAACUUGCGGUCCUUUUUGGCUUGCGCGAGUCUGUCCCUUCCAUGCUUCGCCGUAUCAUUCUCAAUGAGAAUAUCUCCACGAAGAAUGCCAACGCCUAUGAUACCAAAGUCCCCAACCCCCUUGAAAACAGCGAGAAACCAACUUUCAUCACCUCCAUCGCCAAGAAGAUCGCCUCCUUCAACGCUUCCCCCUGUUAUCUGACCCUCUGCGAUGGAAAACAGGUUGUGAACAUCCUCAAGGACCUCCACGACGGCAAGAUCAAGACGAGCAACCUCUUCCAGAUCCAGUGCAACCACGAUCCUGACCAUCGACGCUGCUGUGGCCGUUUGGCUGUUCGCCACGGCGCCGACCCUGUCCAGGCAAAGCCCAUGGAAUCUGAGGCCUGGAUCGAGGAGUCUGGGGAGCGUCAGAACGCCUUCCAUGAGAAGUGGAUAGAACAUAUCCGAGCUAUUACCAACGGGAUUGACAUCACCUGGGCCAAGCAGAAUAGUUGCUGCACGGAUCUUGAGCUUGAUGCCGAAGCUAGCAAAUCCGGCGAGAUACCUGGCAUUGAUGAGGCCAAGCUCCGCGAAUGGGUCGCUACUUAUCCUACCACCAACGAAGCGACUCACUUCAUGUGCAUCAUGGACCCUCUCACUGGUGGGAUCCACUGGAUCUCUCGCGGCCCUAGGUACUCUGGCAGCUUCUGA